AUGGCGGACGCUCCGUCGCAGUUCCGCUACAUCCAGUAUGAGGCCGCGAAGGAGAACGAAUACGUUGCGGCCAUGCGCCAGCUGAUAUCCCACGACUUGUCGGAGCCAUACAGCAUCUACGUCUACCGCUACUUUCUCUACGAAUGGGGGGACCUCUGCUACAUGGCGAUGGACGAGAAGGAUAACCUGGUAGGCGUCGUGGUUUCGAAACUCGAGCCUCAUCGUGGCGGGCCGUUGAGGGGAUACAUCGCCAUGCUCGCGGUGAAGGAAGAACACAGGGGGAAAGGGAUAGCCACCAAGCUGGUUCGUCGGGCCAUGGAUGCCAUGAUAGAGAGGGAUGCAGACGAAAUCGUUUUGGAGACGGAAAUAACGAACUCGCCGGCAAUGAAGCUAUAUGAGCGUCUAGGCUUCCUCAGGAGUAAGCAGCUACAUCGGUACUAUCUUAAUGGAAACUCUGCCUUCCGGUUCGUGUUAUAUCUGAAGGAAGAUGUGGGCAUGAUUCCGACGGCGGAUCCUUACCAUGGGCCCCCUGAUGGCCUGCCGCUUCAUGAGAAUGGAGAGCAUCCAGGUCACCAUGUCUGUUGA